CAAUGGCACCGCCCCGCCUCCACCGUUGCAGGAAGCCGGAAGCAGCGAGAAGCAGCGUUAGCUUGGCAGGGCCGGGCUGGAGACGCGGAUCGCGGUGCUGGGACUGGGUCCCUGCCUGCAGCUUGAAAAGAGAAUUGACUAAUUGAGAGAGAACAUGCAGAGCACUUCCAAUUAUCUAUGGCUUUUAUCUGACAUUCUGGGACAAGGAGCCACUGCAAAUGUUUUUCGUGGACGACAUAAGAAAACUGGGGAUUUAUAUGCCGUCAAAGUAUUUAACAACAUAAGCUUCCUUCGUCCUGUGGAUGUUCAGAUGAGAGAAUUUGAAGUAUUAAAGAAACUGAAUCACAAGAACAUUGUCAAAUUGUUUGCUAUUGAAGAAGAGACAACCACUAGACACAAAGUACUUGUUAUGGAAUUUUGUCCAUGUGGGAGCUUAUACACUGUUUUAGAAGAGCCAUCUAAUGCCUAUGGGUUGCCAGAGUCUGAGUUCUUAAUUGUGCUGAGAGACGUGGUGGCUGGGAUGAAUCAUCUCAGAGAAAAUGGAAUAGUGCACCGUGAUAUCAAACCAGGCAAUAUAAUGCGAGUUAUAGGUGAAGAUGGUCAGUCUGUUUACAAACUGACAGAUUUUGGAGCUGCUAGAGAGUUGGAAGAUGACGAACAGUUUGUUUCUCUGUAUGGCACAGAAGAAUAUUUGCAUCCUGAUAUGUAUGAACGAGCAGUGUUGAGGAAGGAGCAUCAGAAGAAGUAUGGAGCAACAGUUGAUCUGUGGAGCAUAGGAGUGACAUUUUAUCAUGCAGCAACAGGGAGUUUACCAUUCCGACCUUUUGAAGGGCCUCGCAGGAACAAGGAAGUGAUGUAUAAAAUUAUCACUGGAAAGCCUUCUGGUGCCAUAUCUGGAGUACAGAAAGCAGAAAAUGGACCAAUUGAGUGGAGUCGAGAUAUGCCUAUUUCCUGUAGUCUUUCUAAGGGCCUGCAAGUACUGCUCACGCCUGUUCUUGCAAACAUUCUUGAAGCAGAUCAGGAAAAAUGCUGGGGAUUUGACCAGUUUUUUGCAGAGACCAGUGACAUACUCCACCGAAGAAUAAUUCAUGUCUUUUCGCUACAGCAAAUGACCUCACACAAAGUUUAUAUUCACAACUAUAAUACAGCUGCCAUAUUUCAUGAAUUAGUCUACAAACAGACAAAAAUAACUUCUCAGAACCAAGAACUGAUAUACGAAGGCCGUCGUUUAGUAUUAGAGCCUGGAAGAUUGGCACAACAUUUUCCCAAAACCACUGAAGAAAAUCCUAUAAUUAUAUUAAGCAGAGAGGCUGCGAACAUCGUAGGAUUAAUCUAUGAAGAAAUUUCACUUCCUAAAGUACAUCAGCGGUAUGACUUAGACAGUGAUGCCAGUAUGGCUAAGGCAGUAACAGGUGUUGUAUGCUAUGCCUGUAGAGUUGCCAAUGCUUUGCUGCUUUACCAGGAAUUAAUGCGAAAAGGAAUACGAUGGUUAAUUGAAAUAAUCAAGGAAGACUACAAUGAAACGGUGCACAAAAAGACAGAGGUUGUCAUCAAGUUGGAUUUCUGCAACAGGAACAUUGAGAUAGCUGGAAAAAUAUAUGAGAAUCUGAUGCAAAUCCACUUGGAAACAGAAAUGGAUGAAAUUUCAGAGAUACAUACUAAACUAUUGCUUCAGCUUUCUAGCUCUCGGGGAACAAUAGAGCCCAGUCUUCAGGACAUUGAAGAUAAACUGUCUCUUGGUGGAUUGCUGAGUGAUACCUGGGCAAAUCAGGAAGGCACACAUCCCAGAGACAGAAAUCCAGAAAAGCUACAAGUAUUGCUGAGUUCUAUCACAGAUAUUUAUUAUCAGUUCAAGAAAGACAAAGCAGAACGUAGACUUCCUUAUAAUGAGGAACAAAUCCACAAAUUUGACAAACAGAAGCUGAAUUUACAUGCCACAAAAGCCAUAUCUCUGUUCAAAGAUGAAUGUGUCAGCAAGUAUGAGACAUUUUUGGACAAGGCAGAGGACUGGAUGAGAAAGAUGCUUCAUUUGAGGAAGCAGUUACUGACAAUCACCAGACAGUGUUUUGAUAUUGAAGAAGAGGUAUCCAAAUACCAGGACUAUAUAAAUGAGUUACAAGAAACUUUGCGACAGAAAACGUUUGCAGCUUCCACUGGGAUCAAACAUACAAUGAAUCCAAUCUAUCCAAGUUCAAACACUUUAGUGGAAAUGACUCUUGGAUUUGGUGCUUUGACUGUGGAUGGCGGCCUACGGAAUGUAGACUGUAUCUAGUCAACAAAGGAGCAUGAAAGGACUGUUCAUUUUUCACAAAAAAAAAAUGCUAUAAGGGGCAUCUAAAUGCAGAAAAACCAUUCUGUACAGCAAUUUUUUUCUGCAACUCUAGUAUAACAAAAGUAUGUAAAUAUGUAUAUACUGUAAAUAUAACAAUUAUAUCAGGUUUUUUUGUUAAUGUUAAAAUAGAAUCACUGUUAAGUUUUCUGAGAUGGUUAUACAUGUUAUCCAUUUAAGGAACUCUGGCAAAGGAUUACAUCAUGCAUAAUGCUUAAAUAGACAUUCAGUGAAUGCUGAUUUUUAGGUCGUGAUUUACUUUUGUUUUUUGAAAGAGAACUUGUGGCUUGAACUAGCCUGCAUUUAGAGAAGUUAUUAAUAGUUUUUAAAGCCUUGGUUCCCAAACUUGGGGAUGUGUGGAAUAAUGUUUGGGGGGCACCACUAAUUUAAGGGGCGCCUGGGCUCCCCUUAAUACCAGUAUGUUAUUUCAGAACCUAGUCAAGGACUCAUCAUCAGCUACAGUACUUGAAUGAAGAGCAUUUGAUCUUGUCUUUGCUUCUGUAAUUCAAUGUGAACAACAUGCACUUAGGACAAAGAGAGGAGAUAUGUUUCUUCCCCCUUGUCUACCAAGUUAAUAGUCCACUUGUGUGUCAGAAAAUAAAUUCACAAGGUUUUUAGUCCUGUCCAUGUUGGAUGCCAUGUUCUCCAUGAUAAUCAUUUGGCUCAGUAUUAUGGGAGUUUAGUGUUGGAAUCCAUAAACCAUUUUCCAUCUUGCUUCAGUGCUUUUAACAUCAGCAAAACAACUAUUUUUUAAAAAUGUAAUUCUCAGAAAGAGACCAAAACCAACAAAGUACAAUGUCACAGCUUAUGACUAAUAAGACUUAUGACUAAUGUUAAACUUGUGAGAGAAAAUAUAGUAAUACUUUUUUACAUCUGUGGUACCCCAUACUGCAGGCUUCUGGCAUCUAACAAAAAUCAUUUGAAACCAAAAGCAGCUACGAAAUAGAAAAGUUAGCACAUUCAAAACCAGUAACUGCAUCCAGCCCAACCUCAAAUACAAAAUUAAUACUACAGCCUGCUCCUCCAACAUUGCACAACUCAGCCUAAAACAUGGAGAAGAAAACUGUCUGCUCCAAAACCUAUGAAAUUAAAAAGGAAGCAGACAUCCCGUGUCUUGCCACCUCCUGUAGUCUGCUGCAUAUUAUUGAGGAAGAGCAUUCAAGGAUCAUGGGCCUUCUGAAGCAAAGGCCUCAUCCUUUCUCUUUUGAGACAAUGCCAGGGAUGUCCUACAGUUCCAUCUCUGCCAUUCCUAUUCUCAAUAGAGCAUGUAGGGUAACAUGUAGUCCCUCAAAUAGAUUAGUCCUAGAUUAUUUCAUGCUUUAUGUAACAACAGUAAAACCUUGAAGCAUGCAACCAAAUGAAAAGCAGCCAGUAACAGGUAUAUAUGUGUGUAAGACUCAGUCUUGUGGUGAUUAUUCCUUUGUCUUUCUGCCCCCAUCACAGUAUAGGAAUAAAAACAUUAAAAUGUAUUUUAUACUUAAAAUGGAAGUUAUGAAGUUGGUUUUUCUGGUUGGUUGCUCCAAUAUUAAAGCAGGAUAUACACUGUUUUAUAGUCUCUGAUACUGGGUUCCUAUCCUUACCUGUUCAAAUAUAAUUUACCCCUACAUAUAGUAAAAGAUGUUCCUCAGCUUGCAAACUUUUUUUUUAAAAAUUGCUCUCCAAAACUGGUGCAGCAAUUUUGUUGCCCCAAACAAGAAGAAAAAAAUCCAUUUUUUCUGGUUUAGCCAUGUCAUUUAAAAGUGUUUACUGCGAAGUAUUUAAAUUAUGGGAAUAUUUUAGGGCCAGAUUGUGCUAGCAUUCACAUUAAUGUCAUUAAAUUUUAUGUGCAUAGAUGUUUGAAGGAUCAGGUCCUUAAACUGUACAUAAAUGUAUAUUAGAAUCACUGAGAUUAUUUCUAUGCCUAUGUUAUUUUGUUCAUUAUUUUAAGGUAUUUUAACUUUGGAAAACAAAUUAUAUUGGUUGAAAGAUCAAAUUUUCAGAGAAAAGAGAAAUGUAAGAGGAAUAGAGGAGUCUUAUUUCUCUUACAUUGAAGCCAUCUGAAUGGGGAGAGUUAAUUGUUGUAAACAUAGAGUUUGUAUGUCACAGUGUACAGUCGCUUACUAUUUUCACAAGGAUGAAAAUGUUCAAUUUUUUUUCUAUCAUGUUGCUUCAUAACAUGUCAGUUUUAAAACAGUGCUGGUUUUAGUCUUGUACUCCCACCACUAAUAUAUGUAGGCUUGUUAAAAUUGUUUUGAAAAAUAAUUUGUUACAUCUGGCUAAUGGACUUGAAGUAAUCAGUUAAGCAUAUUACUGAUUACUUUCUUAUGAAACUUCCCUUAUUGGCUUUGAUGCCUGGUGUGUCAUGAGAUUGGCUAUGUUCAUACCAACUGUCAUAAUAUUGUGAGCCCUUAAUAUGGAAAGUAAUAGGUUUGCCAAGACAGACAAUUGAUAGUAUUAUGGGUUUUUCCCCCCUCUGAAACGGAAUUACUACUUUAGAGUUAUAGUGUUAAGUAACUGAUUAAAGUAAUACAUUAGCAAGCCUGUCUACAUAUUAAUUGUAAAAUUGCAUGAGUGAAUGACUUGUAUACAUAAAUACAAUACCAACAACUUAUUCUAAGAUGUCUUUAAUUUCCAGGCUUCUUUUCAUAAUUUAUUUUCAUUUUGUUUUGUAAAAAUUAGCUUUUAAUGUUCAUGAUGUACCAUUAUUUCCCCCUUAAACCCAAAUGAAAUAUAAGGAAUAAAA